GGUAGAAAUAAAAAAAAAAGCUAAAACCCUAACGUCUGAAACUUAGACAACAGAAAGGAAAUGGGAGCAGUGAGAUUACAGAGUGUAGACGAGAAUCAAAAUCACAAAAUGGAGCGGAGCUGAGAAGAAGCGACGUGAUAGGAAAACGCAACAAUCAGUGUCGUUUCAGCUCGCUGAAUCGCUGCUAAACCCACGGUUUUACACGAGUUUGACCGAGUUUGUUCGAGUUUGCAGGAGUCUACAAAAAACUAUUCUGCACUUAACUAGGUUGAUGUAGCUGAAGCCUCUUUGAAUUUUCCAAUUAAGCAUUUGUUUCACUGUGUCAAUGAGAGGCAAUAUUGGAAUAAGGAUCCCAAACCCCACUAUUUCAAAUGCCACCAGAAGAACGGUAGCUGCAUUUUCUUCAUCUUCUGGUUUUGGAGAUGGCGGUCGUGGUCGUGGUCGUGGAGGCUCCUUCCUUGGUUCAGGACCGUUCAAUUUGAAUGAAAGAGCUCCUGGUAAGCCUAGUUCCAGUGAGCCCAAAUCUGACACCACAGAGUCUCCCAUUCCUCCUGGUUUUGGCCAUGGCCAUGGCCGGGGCAAGCCAAUGCCUCAGUCAGGUCUUCAUUCUUUCUCAUCGUUUUUAUCUUCCAUAAAUCAGCCACCUGCUGGUCGUGGCCGAGCUACUGUACCUCAACCUCCAAAUGAUUUGGGGCCACCAGAACCCAAAAAGCCCAUUUUUUUCAGAAGAGAGGACAGUGUAUCUCCAGCAGCGACAGAUGGUGUUCCUGUUGAUGUUGAGCAUGUUAACAAACUUCCAGGUAGCGUACUAGAAGUGUUGUCUGGAUUUGGACGGGGGAAGCCCAUGAAGCAGCCAGAUCCGGAAACGCGAGCUACAGAAGACAACAGGCAUCUUCGCCCUCCGCGAGCUCCUGGUGCAGCUGCAUCCGACACUUUGCCUGUGAAACAACCAAUACCAAGCCGGGAUGAUGCAGUGAGGAAUGCACGGAGAUUUUUGUUAAGAGGUGACGACGAUGGAAGUGGCCCUGGAAGAGGAAGAGAAUUUAGAGGGAGAGGUGGGCUUGGCAGGGGCAGGGGCAGAGGCAGAGGUCGAGGCAUGGGAAGAGGAGGAUUCAGAGGGAGGGACGUGGAUGAAAGACGUGGAAAACAAAUGGAUGCAGAGGAUUCAUAUGCUACAGGGCUAUAUGUUGGAGAUGAUGCAGAUGGUGAGAAAUUAGCCAAAAAGUUUGGGCCAGAGAUAAUGAAUCAGUUAACUGAAGGAUUUGAGGAGAUGGCUUGUAGAGUUUUGCCAUCGCCAUUAGAGGAUGCGUAUUUGGAUGCGGUAGACAUCAAUUAUGCAAUUGAAUUUGAGCCGGAAUAUUUGGUGGAGUUUGAUAAUCCAGAUAUUGAUGAGAAGGAACCAAUUCCACUUCGGGAUGCACUUGAGAAGAUGAAACCAUUCUUGAUGGCAUAUGAGGGGAUCCAAAGUCAGGAAGAGUGGGAGGAAAUAAUGGAAGAGACAAUGGCACGAGUUCCAUUGUUGAAAAAGAUUGUUGAUCACUACAGCGGACCAGACAGGGUAACUGCAAAGAAGCAACAAGAAGAAUUAGAAAGAGUUGCUAAAACUCUUCCUGAAAGUGCACCUUCUUCAGUGAAACAAUUCACUAACCGUGCUGUUGUCUCCCUUCAGAGUAAUCCAGGCUGGGGAUUUGACAAGAAAUGUCAUUUCAUGGAUAAGCUGGUUUGGGAAGCGUCUCGGCAUUACAAGUAACUUACUUUUUCUUUCAAGCUUAAACAUGGUGGGUUUUGUGUGGUAUACUGCCAUGACUCUUGUAAUAAUAUUAAUUAUAAUUAUCUUUUAGUGUUGUUGCUAACAAUUUUUACACCUUUUUAUACUUUGUAAUAAAUGGAUUAUCAUUUUUAUUCGACUUUCCAAAAGUGUAAGAUGUGGGAUCAUAAUAUUGAUGAUUGGGAAAUUAGUGG